AUGGUCUCCUCCCAAAAGCUCUCAUCGUUUGGUGUUGCCGUCGCAGCAUACUGCUAUCUCGCAACCCACCUGUUGGCUUUCACUCAUGUCAGUCGUGGUGUGGAAGGAUUUCAUUUCAAGGUGUUCCUUCUACGUCAUGGUCAGACCGAUGCAAAUGCCGGUGGUAUCAUUCAAGGAUCUGCCGAUUUUUCACGCUUGACUGACCUUGGGAAACAACAAGCAAGGGAUGCUUAUAAUGUUUUGCCUUCUUCUCCUUUAGAUACAGCCGAAGAUUUACGAAUAUCUUCCAUCUACUGUUCUCCGUUGACUCGAGCUCAACAAACUCUUGCCGAAUUGCGAAAGGUUGACAGUUUACAACCAAAGGAGGCGGCCAAGUUGCCUUUGGACGAGCAAACUCUUUCCAAUCUACGGGAAAUUGACUUUUAUGAUUGGGAAGGAAAAGAUAAAUUGGAGCUUCAGAAGGUCUUUCCAGAAUCGUAUCGAGCGUGGAAAGCUGGCGAUCCUACUAAUUUACAUGUUUUCGACUCCAGCAGCAACAUUGAGCCAGCUAUUCACUAUCCAUUGCUGGAACUAUGGGAACGCGCUGAUCUGGUAUGGGAUGAGAUUUUUUGGACUCGAAAAGCAGCGUGCCGAAGAGAGCCGUGCCACAUUGAUCGUCGCACAUGGCUCGUUGGGACAAGCUCUUUUGGGGUCUGCGAUGGGAUGGGGUCCGGAUCACUUUCGGGAGCAUGA